AUGGAAGUUAAAGACCAACAAUUUGAAAAUCUCUGCAACAAUGCACUUGAGCUGCGUAACCAAAUAAAGGAAAGAAUCGAGAAGAAAGAGAGGAAACGGAAAAUGAAGAAACAAACCAGACCAAUACAGUGCAAAGGCUACUUGCAAGAGCUAAUGGCCAAGUUGGCUGAUGUCAGCUCAUCUCUUAGCCAACUCUAUCAAGACCCGAGGGACGUAUCCUCCGCUGAUGAUUAUAUGAGGUUUUCGAAUUACCUUCGAGACGGUCUACAGUACACACUUGAGCAAAUAACAAAGUUCCUUGAAGGAUCAUCAAAAAAUUUUGAAUCCUCUCAGCUGAGUGCCUUUAUAACAAAGCUUCAUCAUAUGUAA